AUGUCAAUGGACUUGGAUUCCCAUGUGUCGAUGCAGCAGGUUGCUUUCCAUCCACAGCAACAGACAGCAACGAUCCUUUGCUGUAACUGCGGAGCUCCCGUCGACGGAACAAAUGCCGCUGGCGCCCUAUGCGAAGAUUGCGUCAAGUUGACAGUUGAUAUAUCACAAGGAAUACAGCGAGAAGCCACGCUGCACUGCUGCAAGGACUGCGAGCGCUGGCUACAGCCUCCAAACCAGUGGAUUAGUGCCGCCAUCGAGUCCAGAGAAUUGCUUGCACUAUGUCUACGGAAAUUACGUGGAUUGGGCAAGGUGCGAAUUAUCGAUGCUGGGUUCAUAUGGACAGAACCGCAUUCGAAGCGUAUCAAGGUUAAAAUUACGGUUCAACAGGAGGCAUUCCAGGGCACUAUUAUGCAGCAAACGUUCGAAGUGGAGUAUGUGGUGGCAUCUCAGCAGUGCUCCGAGUGCGCCAAGUCAUACACACCCAACACGUGGAGGGCAUUGGUUCAAGUUCGGCAGAAAGUGCCUCACAAACGAACGUUCCUGUACCUCGAGCAGCUGAUUUUGAAACACUCCGCCCACAAGGAUACGAUAAACAUCAAAGAAGCCAAGGACGGUUUGGAUUUCUUUUUCUCCCAACGAAACCACGCCGAGAAGCUGGUAGACUUCCUCUCUUCGGUAGCGCCAGUUCGUGUCAAGAAGUCGCAAGAGCUCAUAUCUGUGGAUGUGCACACGUCUACAAAGUCAUACAAAAUCACAUUCUCCGUUUACCUGAUACCCAUUUGCAAAGACGAUUUGGUUGCACUUCCCUUAUCCCUGGCGAAAUCGUUAAGUAACAUCCACCCCCUUACCCUGUGUUAUCGCGUGGGCACAUCGAUUGGUUUGCUGGACCCAGCCACCUUGCGAACCGCCGAUAUUCCGUCGCCAGUAUAUUGGAGAACCCCGUUUAAGAACCUGGCGGACGUCCGAGAACUUGUUGAAUUCAUUGUCAUGGACAUCGAACCUGCUGGGAAAUCAGUUGGACACUUUCACCUCGCUGAAGCGACGGUUGCCCGCGCAUCCGACCUCGGAUCCAAUGACACGACUUACUUCACGAGAACGCAUCUUGGUGGGGUCCUCCGUGUAGGGGAUUCUGUGAUGGGGUAUCUGUUGACCGGGUCGAACUUCAACGAUUCGAACUUCGAGGCCUUGGAGCGGAGUGGCACAUAUAGCUCCACCAUACCGGACGUGGUGCUCGUCAAGAAACACUAUCCCAGGAAGAAGAAGGCCAAGAGAAACUGGCGUCUGAAGCGCCUGAACCGCGAGGAAGAGGCGGCUACGGCUUCAGCGCGGAAACAAGAGAAGGAUCUUUUGGAGGAAGACUUCGAAAUGUUCCUGCGGGAUGUGGAAGAGGAUGCGGAGUUGAGGAGUACACUGGCACUCUACAAGGCUAAGAGGGUUCAGGUGGAGGCUGAUCGCAUGGAGGGUAUUGAGAGGGAUGCAAUGAGCGUUGUUGAGGAAGAAGAAGAUGAUGAGGAUGGCGUUCCCAAGAUUAGUAUGGAUGAGCUGCUGGAUGAUUUCGAAGAUUUGAAUGUUGAGGAUUGA